AUGUUUGACUUUGAGGCGCGCAUAGUUUCCUGCAGUGCGGACUCUCCCCUUGGCUCCAACUCAGUUCGGGGUGUGGUCAUGUCGGGCUCGUUCUGCCAGAGUUUGUAUGACUUCAGCGGAGACCAGCACCAGCAGGGUCUGAGCUUCAGCGCCGGGGAUGUUAUCCGGGUGGUGCAGGCGCUUCCCGGCGGCUGGUGGGAAGGAGAGAAGGACGGAGAGAGAGGAUGGUUCCCCUCCAGCUACGUGCACGUCCUGGAGAAGACGCCGUCUCUGAACCUGCAGCAGUCGCUCGGGGACGAGCUGCAGGAGGCGCUGCCCCCGAACUGGACCUGCUACAGGUCUCCUCAGGGACACAAGUACUACGUCAACACCAGCAGCAACGAAACCACAUGGGAGCGCCCAUCGUCUGUGCCCGGGACCCCCAAGACCUCCAAGAGACACAGCCACUGCCUCCCAGCAGUGAAUGGGUUCCACUCUGGAGGCAGUGUGAGGAAGUGCAGCACCGAGCCUCAGAGUCCAGUUUCCAUGUCCCCGACCAGGAGACAGCACAAGGACUCCACCGUCACGGUGAAUUGUGUGACGUUCCCGCUUCCAGGCUUCACGUCUGACCAGCAGCUGCUCAAACCAAACGACUGGAGCUACUGCGACUUCUUCUGGGCCGACAGACAAGACGCCCAGGGGAACAGCACCCUUACAGGCUUCGAGGUGCUACUACACAAACAGCUGAAGGGGAAGCAAAUGCAGAAGGAGAUGGCCGACUUCAUCAGAGAAAGGAUUAAGAUCGAAGAGGAGUAUGCCAAGAGCCUCUCCCGCCUCUCGCAGAUCCCACUGGCCAAUCAGGAGGAGGGAAGAAGGACGUAUUUGAGCGACAGAAGAGCGGUAGGAGCCGCCGCGGCAGGAGCCGCCGCGGUGGAGGAGGACCAUGAUAAAGACUCUCAAAGUGUUGUACCGUGGCCAUACCUCCAAAAGACUUUGGGAGAGGCCUGGGCUCAGCUGAAGAAGAGUUUGGCAGACGAGGCUGAAGUCCAUCUGAAGUUCUCCUCCAAGCUGCAGAGCGAGGUGGAGAAGCCCUUCCUGACUUUCAGAGAGAGCUUUAAGAAGGACAUGAAGCGUCUGGAUCACCACAUAUCUGACCUGAGGAAGAGCCUGGUGGGACGCUACGCAGCCGUGGAGAAGGCCCGGAAGACUCUGGCCGACCGGCAGAAGGAUCUGGAGCUGAAGACGCAGCAGCUCGACCACAAACUCAACAGCAGCAAAUCUGAGGAAGAGAUGAAGAAGGCUCGCAGGAAGUCCACACAGGCAGGGGACGAGCUGAUGCGCUGUGUGGACCUCUAUAAUCAGUCUCAGUCCAAAUGGUUCGAGGAGAUGGUCACCACCAGUUUGGAGCUGGAGCGUCUUGAGGUGGAGCGGGUGGAGAUGAUCCGGCAGCAUUUGUGUCAGUACACCACCCUGAGACACGAGACGGACAUGUUCAACCAGAGCACGAUGGAGCCGGUGGACCAGCUGCUGCAGUGUGUGGACCCAGUGAGGGACCGGGAGCUGUGGGUGCAGGAGAACAAGACUGGAGAGGUCCGACCGGUCAAUCUGGAGAUAUGA